GCACACACACAUACUCACACACCCUUCCUGGAGGUGCUGGGAGCAGCUGCAGCAUUAGCGUUGAAAGAGAUUUGCCAUUGAGUUUGCGUCCCCCCCUCCUCCUCCUUCUCCUCUUCCUCCUCCUCCUCCACCACCCACCUCCUCCCCCCCACGCUAACGAAUGGAUGCUACAGCGAUCAGCUUGGGAUCUUCUUCUGCUGGAUUGCGGGAAACAGUGGAUAUCUGCUCUUGACUUGAUUUUUGUAUUUAUUUGUUUGUUUUGUAUGCUCUCCGUUUUUUUGCACUGCUGCUGUCGAAAGGACGAUGGGGUCUCGCGCUUGAUCGGAUAGAGAGAUGGAAGUGAACGUGGCGUCCCCGGUGCUCGGCAUACUAUUGAGGUUUCACUGCCCCUUCGGGGGGAUGGAGCUCUUCUUUUUUUCUUCUUUUUUCUUUUUUCCAUGAACCGGAUCUUUUGUUUUAUGGCCCGAGCUGUCCUGUGGUGAAUUGAGCUAUUGUAGAAGACCGGGCCUCUUUAGCAUCAAAUCUGAGACCAUCCAUCCAUCCAUCCUCCUUUCCUCCCCUCUUCUAGUUAAAAAAAGGACCAGGCAGAUAACCCCCCUCCCUUCCUCCAAAAAAAAAAGGCUCCUCCGAACCCUUUUCUCACCGUCCUCCUUGCCUCCAAUGCCCCAUUUCCCUCAUCUCUACCCCUGCCCCCCCACCUUUCUCCCGCUCCCUCCUCCCACAUCAGAGUGGCUACGUAAUGUGCCUCCCUACGCAUGCAAAUGGGGAUGCUACAAAUGGUGGCUGGGACUGAUGUCGAUGAAAGGGUGAUGCCUCGCGCACUCCCCUGCGCCUCCGCCGCCACUGCCACCACCCCGGACCCGCGUGGGAGCGCCCAGCAGCCGAUGACAACCGCCAACAGGGCCGACACGGUCGUUUGUAGCUCGCUCGUGGACGUCAAUGAGAUGCGUGAAUGCGCGUGAAGGAGGUGCACACUGGUUCCUGCCAUGUCUGGUGUGUGAUCGCUCUAGCGGGACGUUCUCACUGAUGCGGGGGAGGCACUGAGCCUGAGGUUGGUCGACCUCCCCCUUCCCCCCUCCCCCUCCCUCCCCCCCCCAUCCCUUCCCCAUCCCCAUCCCCGCCACCUCAUCCCCAGAGGCCCCCAGGGAGCGAAGGCCAUCUGGUAAAGGGGUCAUCAUGAAGAAGACCCGCAGCAGCAAUCUGCGGCGGGCAUGGCCCAACUCGGAGCUGCCCGAACGCCCGCUGGAGCACAACCUCUCGCGUAGCGAGAAAGACAUCCGUGCAGUGCAGAAGCAGCAUCUUCCUCCACCUCCACAUUUCUCUCCGUCCCCGCCAAGUUAUCGUGCGCCAGGUGACGUGUCUCCGAUCAGUAUGUCACCCAUCAGCCAGUCGCAGUUCAUUCCGCUGGGGGAAAUCUUGUGCUUGGCCAUUUCUGCUAUGAAUGCUGCCCACAAGCCUGUCAACCAGGAGGCUCUGGUAGAGCACCUCACUGCCAGCUUUCCAGGCGUGCCUACACCUAGCUCAGAGGUUCUGCGACACACUCUGAACAUGCUGGUGCGAGAGAGGAAGAUAUACCCAACUCCAGAGGGCUACUUCAUUGUCACACCUCAGACAUACUUUAUCACUCCCUCCCUAAUCAGAACAAACAACAAAUGGUAUCACCUGGAGGACCGGCUACCAGACCGUCCGCAGCAGCAGACACAACCUCAGCAUUGCACCUCACCUCAAUCUGGCAGCGUCACACCAUCCACACCUGGCUGUUUAAGAGAGAGGCCUCCUCGCAAGAACCACAGUGACUCGUACAAUUCUUAUCGGGAAGACUCAUCCAGACUGCAUGCCCCUGUGCUCCAGAAUAAGCCACCCAAAGAGCACAAAGGGGAAUCUGGUCAAAAUAAGCCACCCAAGGAUCACAAUGGCGGUGAGACUGUACCAAGCACGUCAGCCAAGGAGCACAGAGGAGAGCCACCAUCUUAUCCCCACCCCCCAGCUCCUACUUCCCCUCCCGUCCAGCCAUCACCACCUCAAGAUCCAGUUGAUAAAAACAAAAGCAUCACUUCUUUCCCAUAUAAAACUGACACUUUAACCAAAAAGAAAGAAGGAAGUAGUGGUGGCGGAACUGGCGAGAAGCAAUCUAAAAGGUUUGGACUCAGGCUUUUCAGACUGAGUUUUAAGAAGGACAAAAUGAAACAGUUGGCUACCUUCUCAGCCCAAUUCCCCCCAGAGGAAUGGCCGCUCCGUGACGAAGAUGUGCCAACUACACCUAUUCCUCGAGAGGUUGAAAUGGAAAUAAUUCGUAGAAUUAAUCCUGACCUUACAGUGGAGAAUGUUGCUAGGCACACAGCUGUGAUGAAGAGGUUGGAGGAGGAGCGUACUCAGAAGAACAAAGCAGGGUCCUCUGCCCAGCACAGUGCACGCAGCAGAAGGGGCCGGGGCCAUCGGAGAGCCCCACAUGGUAAGUCGCGUUCGCACAGUAAACCUCGGACGUCCAGAGGAGACCCAUCCGAGGGAUCAAACUGGGAUCUUGUGUUCAUGGAAAGGGAUUACCGCUUCUUCAGCCACUCAUUAGUACGCUCGCCUCGGGAAGCUAUGUACACCUUAGAGCGCAGACGAAGCGGAGGAGCGACGUACCUGGUCCACAGCAACCCCAAUAUUACAGAAUCGUACUGUCCUGUGACCCCUGAGUGGGAUGUGUCUGGGGAAUUAGCCAAGAGACGGACAGAGAUGCCCUUUCCUGAGCCUUCACGUGGAACAUGCCAGUCCAGAGUGCAAAGAAGUCACAGUCACAACCAGGAUAGGAAGUCACGUCAUGAUAGAUCAGAUCAGGCUAAAGAAAGAUCUCGGUCCAUGGACAAUUCUCUCAAGGGCCCAGCGCUGGGUGCACCAGAAGACUUUGAACCUACUUUGGAGGAGCGUAGUCAUUACUACACUGAUGAUGGUACCUUGCGGGCCACACAGAAGUCCUCACAUUACUCAAGAAUCAUGUUUUCUGCUGCUAAGUUCCACUCCGAUUUUAAUGUGCCUGAUUUGGGAAAAGGGAGUUUGGAUGAUUCAAGGAUUCGGAGUACAAUAGAGAGGAACAAAAGCAGAGACAGCUUGCCGACAUACAAUGAGUUAAUGGGACUUUCUCCUAAGCCCUCAACAGAUGAGUACUUCCAGUGCAAUACAUCAAAUGAAACAAUCCUUACUGCCCCUUCGCCUCAGGCAAAAUCUGAAUAUGACACAUUAACCUCAUCAGGGGGACUCCGAAAGGGCUCUCCAGCUGACCGGCAAACUCCUCACCUUACCUCUCCUCAUACAAUGGAGUACAAAGAGGAGUUGUCAGCAGUGAAGGGACAGAGUGGUUCUGCACGGCUGACGCCAAGCCAGACACCGGAGCCAGCUCAAACUGCCCGUUUGACGCCGCACCAACACAACGUGGAUCCCGGAGGGGGGGGAGGCAGUUUGGUGAUCAAGAGGAAAGAGAUCUUCAGCAAGGACACUUUGUUCAAACCUCCACAUAAUGCCUUGUCCACUGGCUACGUGGACAGCAGCUACACCAAGUCUGGCACAUUGCGGAAAGCCUCACAUGCCAAAUCAACAGAGGCCCUAGACAAUCCUGAGCCCCAGCAGCCUUCCAAUUCAAAUACUUCCUCAACGUCACCUGCAGUUUUACAGAGCUGCUUAGAGCCAACAGUCCCCUCCGCCUCCUUUGACUAUUAUAAUGUAUCAGAUGACGAUGAUGAGGAAGAGGCAGAGGACGACUCGCACAAAGAGCUGGUGACGGCCGAGGACAACAAAGACCAUGGGGAAGUGGGCGGUAAUGUUGGAGGCAGCUGUGGUGGUGGGGAGGGAACCAUGCAGUGGCUGUUGGAACGGGAUAAGGACCGUGAUUUGCAGCGGAAACUGGAGACCAACCUUACCCUUCUCAGUCCCAAAGAGACUGAGAACAGCAACAGCCAGAAGUCAGCCCACUCUGCCCGAUUGGACAGCAUGGACAGCAGCAGUGUGACAGUGGACAGCGGAUUUAACUCCCCCAGAACACGGGAAAGCCUUGCAUCCAACACAUCCAGCAUUGUGGAAAGCAAUAGACGGCAGAAUCCAGCGCUGAGCCCAGGCCACAUUGGCACGAGCAGUAUAGGACUGCCAUUCAGCUUUCGUGCCAUCCCGGAGCCGCCCACCACGCAGCCUGAGAAACUCCAGAAGUCAUCGAACUGCCUGGCCUCCAUCACCAGCGUCUGACAAGCAGGGCAGACUGUGACAGUGGAGGUGAUGGAGUAGAGAUGAGAGGUGUUCCACCGUCUCUUGCUUUCUUCAGACAAAACAUACAUGAAAACUCUGUGUCUCUAACACACACAGAUCUUCAGACUCCUGAAGAACCAUUUAAUGGGACUGUUAUUUAAACAGGCAUGGCUUCAAGAGACUGUUCCUGCAGCAUCAAGAACUUAACUGCAAAAAAGAGAAGAACAGAUUACCAAGGCCGCAGUAGGAGCAAAAACCUACCUGAAGUACUUUGAUUUUGGUGACAUGGACUAUAGUUUGGCUUAUAUCAAGAUUCUUGAUGACUGGUAUUGGAAAGUAGUAGACUAUAGGUUUCAAGUUACAUUUGGAAAUAUCAAAAAAACUUUUUAUAUGGCUUAACAAUACAUGUCCAAUUAAAUGUUCUCCUUCCUGAAAUAGCGUUAAGUUCUUCAGGACGAUUUAAUGUAUCAGCACAAUGUCAAGAUAAUACAAAACUGAUCCUAAGAACAACGAAUGAAAGAUAUAAAACAUAAAUCAGCUCAGAUUUGUGUACCACAAUGCAAAUUAUGUAUGUAUACUCGAUACUUUUGAUAUCCUAAUUAUUAUAAUGGUGGUAUUAAAGAUGCUAUGUGACCAAGGUGAUGGUUUUAUGAACAGACUACAUCUCACAUAUCCGGAAUGUCGGCAUGAUUUGAGAUCGAAUGAGGGGUUUUAUAGUAGCAUCACAUUUUAAAGUAAAAGAAAAAUCUUUAGUUUAUAUUUUAAGAUUUUGUUUUCUUUUUGGAGGAAUUCAAAUGUUCUAAAAAGAUAAAGAAAAAAACAUCAGUCUUGAACACUUGGAUGGUUUGUGGACUAAACCAGGCAUGGAGGAUUGUGAGAGCUGUAGGCUGAAGCUGGAUGAGUUCUGCUCACUGAAGAGCACAGGAAGCAACAAAGACCCAACACAGAACAGCUAAAAUGUUCAAACAAAGCUCCGGAAAGCCCAGUCAGCUAACAUUUUAAUUAGAUCCAUUAGAAAGGCAUAAAAAACUGAAAGUUUUUUCCCGUUUUACAAGCCUAAAAAGACAACUGAGUGGUACAUUUACGUUUGAAUAAAAAUAAAUAAUUUGUCACUUUUAAUUAUUAAAUGAUAGCAAAAUAUAGUUUAAUACUGAAGCAAAACAGUGUUUAUAUUAAACUUAACUGACAUUUAAAGGAUUUAAAACAAGUAGAUUUGACUCUGCUGUGUCCCUGUUCUUUCAUCCUUGCUGUCUGCUUGUCUCUCUUGGAAAGACUAUCAUGAGAAGAAAAGGCAAGAAUAUGGAUUUAGGAUUUACAAGUUCGGAAAGUAGAUAAGUGAAGGACUACAGGAACGUUAAGAGUGUUUUUCCUAAGGAAAGUUAAAAACCCAGUUAUUGAGAGUCAUAAUAAAGCUGUUCCAGUCCCCCUAAAAUAAAGGUUUGUACAUUUUUCUUAAGCCAUCCUUAGAAAAACAAAAAACAAGUGAGAUAAUGUUAUUUUGUACGUUUUUGUGUCUGUAACGGAAACAUUGGAAAUGUUCACCUGAUUACAGAUCCAUAAAGAAACGAGUGCAGAAAAGUAACACCUGACAUUAAGAAGAAGCAGCUUGUGAAAAUCUUCAUAUUGUAUAAAUUUAUUUUUCUUUAUUUACCUAACUUGAUAAUAAAAUAUUAUUUGACAUUA